AUCAUGGAUAUCAUUAAAAUUCUGGAUAUCCGUUCCAUACCCAGACAUACCUACGAUUACGCAAUGUGGUGGAAACCCGAGCAACCGCAGAAACAGCCACGUGGCACGUGCACCCCAAAAUACAAAUACUUUAAAAGGAGAAAAAAAAAGGAAAUCUUGGUUCUCAGUUUUCACCGUCUCAUCAGAUCAGAACAAAUCCAAAUCAGAGGAAGAUUAGAGGGAGAGAUGACGAGUGGCGUAGAAGACGACAAAAACAGAUCAGUGGCGACGGAUCAUCAACACCAGCAGCCUCAUCCUCCUCCGUUUCAAGGCGUCUCCAACUAUCCACCUCCGCCGCAGCAGCAGCAGCCGCCGGCCGGCGGUUUUCCACAGCCGGCUCAGCCCUACGUCUCAGGUUAUGCUGUUAAUGGAGGAAUGCAUUCAACAGAACACCAUCGUCUUCCUUGUUGUGGUAUAGGCAUUGGCUGGUUAUUAUUCAUCCUUGGUUUCUUCUUCGGUGCUAUCCCCUGGUACAUCGGAUUCUUCCUUUUACUAUUCUCUAGAAACCGUCGUGAGAGACCAGGAUAUAUGGCUUGUGCAAUUGGAGCUGUUAUCGCUACGAUUCUCAUCGUUUUUGGAGCCAUAAGAGGAUCAGGAGUCUGGUCGUAAAGUGAAGAUGUAACGCUCUAAAUCCGGUAUAGACCGGUUAGGCCGUUGAAUACUGUUGUAUAAUUAAGAAGAUUGUACAUGUGUGUUUACUUAAAAGAGCUCAUUGUAUAUUGCUUGAAGAUUACAGUGCUCAAUGAAAAUUGUUCAAAACCAUAUAGCACAAUGUGUGUUUAUUAUUGAAAUAUAUUUUUUCUAUAUAUGCAUUCGUUUUCGAUCCAUCAAUAUUAUGAAUGUUUAUUGAAUUUACCUGUACGUGUUACGUAAAUUUUGGAAAUUAAAAAUUGUAUGGUUUUUUCUAUUCUAUGGUGUAUUAGUUUUGUUCAUGUUACAAAUAUUGUGAGAACGAUUAGAAAAUAUUAUGCCAAGAUUUAAUUUCUUUUCUUGUUAAAGUUGUACAAUUAAUUUUGUAUUACGUUUGACGACUGCAAAUGAAGUUUAUAAUGAACAAAUGGACAUUAUUCAAGGCCCACGUAGAAAAAUAAAAGCCCACAGAGACGUGUAUCUUCUUCGUCUAGGGUUUGUCCUUUUAAAGUUUUCUCAUCAGCGCCACCGUUUAGCUCUUGCUCUCUGUUUCCUUGUGGCUGAAUUCGUUGGAGCUUGAUCUCUCCGUUGAAAAUGGUUGCUUUCCGGUUUCACCAGUAUCAAGUGGUAGGGAGAGCCCUCCCGACGGAGAAAGAUGAGCAGCCUAAGAUCUACCGGAUGAAGCUAUGGGCCACAAAUGAAGUUCGCGCCAAGUCCAAGUUUUGGUACUUCCUCAGGAAACUGAAGAAGGUCAAGAAAAGCAACGGACAAAUGCUUGCCAUCAAUGAGAUUUUCGAGAAGAACCCCACGACGAUCAAGAACUUCGGUAUCUGGCUGCGUUACCAGAGCCGAACUGGGUACCACAACAUGUACAAGGAGUUCCGUGACACCACGCUCAAUGGUGCAGUGGAGCAGAUGUACACCGAGAUGGCUUCUCGCCAUAGAGUGAGGUUCCCUUGCAUUCAGAUCAUCAAGACCGCCACUGUCCCCGCGAGUCUGUGCAAGAGAGAGAGCACCAAGCAGUUCCAUAACUCGAAGAUCAAGUUCCCUCUUGUUUUCAGGAAGGUCAGGCCACCAACCAGGAAGCUCAAGACUACGUACAAGGCCUCUAAGCCCAACCUUUUCAUGUAAUACAAGGCUUCUUGUUCCUCACUCUGAACAAAACACACCAUUUCGAGUUCCCUUGUCUUGGAUUUUUUUUUUUGUAGUUUUUUGCAUCUUUUGAAAACUUCCAGCUGACUCUGGCAAAAUUUCCAUCAAUUUUCAAAGUUUUGAUCCGUCAAAACGAAUGUUGCCUUCAAGUUUUAUCACAAGU